AUGGCAUCAUCACAAAAUGUAGUUGCAAAAUCGGAGAUGGUUAGUUUAGUUGUGGAGCAUAAGUUACCUGCUAGCGAAGAAGGUGUUAUCAAAGCUCCUCCUGAACAUGCACUUCUUCGUAUCUGCAAAUCUCUUGUUGCGGGUGGAAUUGCCGGUGGAGUGUCACGUACUUCUGUUGCUCCAUUGGACCGUUUAAAAAUUUUGCUUCAGGUUCAGAAUCCUCACUGUAUCAAGUACAAUGGAUUAGUUCAAGGCUUAAAGUACAUAUGGAGCACUGAGGGUCUUCAAGGAUUCUAUAAAGGAAAUGGUACAAACUGUGCACGUAUUAUCCCAAAUAAUGCAAUUAAGUUCUUUACCUACGAGCAAGCAUCAAGGGGUAUUUUAUGGCUUUAUCGUCAGCAGCCUGGCAAUGAGGAUGCAUCACCACCUAACCCUCUGUUACGCCUAGGAGCUGGAGCAUGUGCUGGAAUAGUAGCCAUGUCAGCAACUUACCCAAUGGAUCUGGUAAAAGGCAGGCUUACUGUCCAGACAGACGUGUCUCCUUUCCAGUACAGGGGAAUUGCCCAUACCCUAUCAACGGUACUUCAGGAGGAAGGCCUACGAGGUUUAUAUAAAGGAUGGCUUCCUUCUGUAGUUGGAGUUGUUCCAUGUAUCGGAUUAAACUUUGCUCUAUACGGAUCCCUGAAAGAGUGGUCGGUCAAGUACAAACCAUUAGGAUUAGUCAACAACAACUCUGAGCUAAGUAUCCCAGCAAGGCUCAUGUGCGGAGCUGUUGCAGGAACUGUUGGCCCGACAAUCUUUUACCCUCUUGAUGUGAUUCGGCGAAGGAUGCAGAUGGUUGGUUGGAACAAUGCUUCUUCAGUUAUUACUGGUGAAGGGUGCAGCAAAGCUUCACCUAUGUAUACAGGCAUGAUUGAUGCAUUCCGUAAAACAGUUCGAAAUGAGGGUCUUGUAGCAAUAUAUAAAGGCUUAGUUCCUAAUCUUCUUAAGGUGGUUCCAUCCGUUGCUAUUGCAUUUGUCUCAUAUGAGACGGUUAAGGACAUUCUUGGAGUUGAAAUAAAGAUAAAGAGGAAAAACAAAGAGGGGAAGGAUGACUGA